AUGGAGGCCCGGACAUCACGACAGCCGGUCCAUUCCACCGAUCUUGCUACCAACGACUACAUCGAAGAAGCUGGCAGCAGUGCUGGGAAGAGCGCCAAUAUGGUUUCCCCGUCGGCUGUGCUCGACGUUCUUAUCUUGACGUUUAACUGCGCCAAGAACCUCAUUGAAGUGCCGGUGUUUGCGGCGCAUUUGAAGAGGGCGCUCACACAAAAUGCGACCGGGUUGCCCGAUGUGGUUGUCAUCUCCCUUCAAGAGGUGGCGCCCAUCUCGUAUGCGUUUGUUGGGUCCUGGUUUUUGGACAGGUAUCUGGAUCGGUUUGGCGAGGCACUGAACCUUGCUGCGGGGAGGGUCCUUAGUGAGGAGGGGGUUUCGGCGUCGGUACCGAGGUCUGGGAUUGAAGAUGGCGCAGAUACCGCUGGCAGUGAUCAAGAGCCGUUGAUCGGUUCAUCAUCGUCAUCAGCAGCAUCGCCUUCUUCUCAGCUCAACAGGCGGCAGCAUAGCACAAAGUCAGGUCCGUACACGCUUGUUCGCGCGAGAAACGUCGGGAUGACGGCUAUCAUGCUGUACGUCCGUGAGCCGAAACGCGUUCGCAAGGUCGAGGGGGCAGAGUGUGGGUUCGGUAUGGCGGAGAUGGGGAAUAAGGGGGCAGUUGGCCUGCGGGUAACGUGGGACAGCAGCCGCGGUAGUGAGACAGAAAGGGGAACGGGAAAGACGACUGAGCUCACGUUCGUUGCUGCUCACCUUGCUGCUAUGGAGUGGAAUGUCCAUAAGAGAAACGCAGACUGGCGGGCGAUUGUCGAAGGGCUGAUUUUUGAAGAUCCAAAGCAUCUGCUCUCUUCUGCUACAGAAGGGCCAUCACUGACAGAGGAAGAGGAUCCCUCCUCAGACGCCGCCCCCCUUCUACCAGUCUCCAACCCCAACACUUCUCAACAACUCGCCAAGUUACAUUCCCAUACCAUCUACAGCCCCACCUCUUACUUCUUCAUCGCCGGCGACCUCAACUACCGCAUCUCCUCUACCGCCCCAACACCCGACGACAUCUUCCCCUCCGUUACGCCAAACCCUGAAGACCCUCAUUACUCCCAAUUCUUCGCCCGCGACCAACUCACACAAGAACGCCUAGCAGGCCGGACCCUGCACGGCCUGUCCGAAGCAGAAGUCAAGUUCCCUCCGACAUACAAAGUCGUCGUCACCAACCCUGACUCUCCACAAGGAGGGGAGGAAGAAGGAGUUACCUGGCGGUUUGCCAGACAUCGCUGGCCGGCGUGGUGUGACCGCGUUUUGUGGCUGGAUGUCCCGCCUUGGGUGAACUCCUCCUCCCGUGACAAAAAGAAGAUUGUCACAAAAGCAGGAGUUGGCUCCUCCUCCUCCUCCUUCGUCGAUAGCGUCAACCUCCUCAGCGGCUGA